UAUAUUCGCUGCAGUGAUGAAACUAAGAAACAUAUUCUCUUUGAUUUUCGGCAAACGAGCAUCGUUUUCUGUAAACCAGUAAGAUACGCAAAAUGAACGUAUUCCUCGUUGCGUUUGAAAUUCUCUUCAUCUUUAAUUCGAUUUCCAUUGGGGCGCCUCAAAUAAUUCCAUCUAACCGAACAUGUGUAAUGCAAGGAACAUUUGAAAUCGUGGAUGGAACGUGUGGUAAUUAUUAUAUAUGUGUUUUUAACGGAGUUGAAUUCGUGUCAUACGAUAUGUCGUGCUCGCCUUCGAUGGUAUUUGAUCCCUUGCUAAAAUAUUGCACAUCGCCUUCGAAUUAUAUCUGUAAGCAAGUUACAUCAUCGACGUCAAGUUCCACAUCAUGUUCGACAUCAAGUUUGACGCCCAGUACGACGCCCAGUACGACACUAAGUACGACACUAAGUACGACACUAAGUACGACGCCAAGUACGACGCUCAGUACGACACCAAGUACGACACUAAGUACGACGCCAAGUACGACACCAAGUACAACACCAAGUACAACACCAAGUACGACGCCAAGUACGACGCCAAGUACGACGCCAAGUACGAAAUGCGUUACAAAUGGUAGAUUUCCAAUAGAUGACCCCUACUGUGAGCAAUAUUAUUUCUGUUACGUGAAUGGUGCAAUGAUCAUCAGAUAUGAUCUUAAGUGCCCAAAGGGUUUAAAAUUUAAUAGAGUAACACAAAAAUGUGUAUUACCUUGUCCAGGUAUCAAUUCAUGUCCACCUUGUGCAUUGUCUAAAUAAAUUUUCUUGAAAUAGAUUAUAAAUCUCUUAAAGAUAUUUUCAAUAUAUCGUUCGAUUAUGUUCUCAUUAAAAUUACAUCAUAGAUAAUAAAAUUAUCGUAUGUAUAUGUGAGAUUAAAUAUUGUGAAACAAAAAAUUUUCUGAAAUGUAAGAACGUAUUGAAUAAUUCAUCAUGAUAAAAUCUCUUUUGAACAUGUAUCUAAGUUUUAGAUGCGAAUGAUAUAAAUUUUUGACAUAGAUACGAUAUAGAUACAAGAAUGUUAUAUAUUAUGAGAUAUUCAAUAUGUAUAUAUGUACAUUAUAUUUUACUUAUCUUAUUUCAAAAAGAGUUUUAAUUACUUGAUCUACUAAUACAGACAAAAGAUAUAGAAUAUCGCUUAUAACGUAGUUCCAUGAUGGUGAUUGUAUGUGUAAAAAUGAAUCAGUAAUGUAGAAUACAAUCUUUUUGUACAAACAAAUUACGUCCAAUGGAUAGAGUAAAAGACCAACGAAAAAGAAAAACAAGAAAAUGUACGAAAAGAGCAAACAGAUGACCAAUAUCUUAUUUCUGCGAACAAAUAUAUCGACCAACUACAUCGAUCUUUACAAAUGUAUUAAAAGUAAUGCUUAAAAUUAAAGCUGGGACUUAAAAUUCAGGGUUAAGACUAAGAUUUAAAACUAUAACUUAAAACGAAAAACAAACAAUGAAUCCUUCGUUGAUCUCCACCGUCUAACACAGUUGCUUAGUAUUAAUUUAAUCGAAAUCUUAGAACUAGAACCUAUUUAAAAGUAAAACUAAGGUAUUUUAUGGAGGUUAGAAUAUUAUUAAACUUAUACCAUAUAUUAUAUCCAAGAAUAUUAAAAUGCACGGCAGCCUUUCGUAUCAAAAGAUUUGAAGCAAAAUUUUAAAAAAUGAAAUUAUAACAGUCUGUUAAAAAUAAUAGUAAAGAAAUGUUUAACCUUUCGUUCUAAGUUAAACAAUGUAUCUUUGUAGAAAAAGCAUGCAUAUAUCAUAAAUUAAUUCUACUUAUCAAUAAAAUAUCUAUUCUAUGUUAUACGUUUCGUUUGUUUUAAUUUAAUACAUAAUUGGACAGAAGAAACUGGAUAAAUUGUGUAAAAGAUUCUUAAACAUGCUUGUAUUAUAUUUGAUACAGGAGUAAUUAAUAUUAUGUUAGCGGGAACAGAACAUGGAAAUCUUUUUGAUAAUAAAGGAGUACUGAGUAUUGAAGUUUAUUAAUAAGGAUCUGAAUGUAUUUAGAAGACUUGUAAUAACACAUAUAGUGUGCAAGUUAGUAUUAUCUAUUUCCAUGUAGAAAAUUAUUAUGGACACCAAAUCACGUUAUAUUUGACGCUUAAAUAAUUUCAUUAAAUAUGUUUUCGAAACCAAAGUACCACAAGGUAUGACAAGAAAUUUAAAUUCAUUAAGACAAAAAUAAAAUUUAAAAAUGACUCUGUUAGCCUUAUGCACGAUGAUAGAGAUAUCUUUCAAAUAUCUGUCAAUAAAAAUGUUAUUGAUUGUCGUUAAAAAAUUAUUGAAUCGUGCAUGAGUAGAAGUCCUGGAAGUUUAGCUCGUAUGUAAACUUAAAUAAUCAUGUUUGAAUAUUGAACUUAUUACCAAAAGAACCAAACCAUGUAACUUACCAAUCGUAGCAUGCAUGAUUGGAUAACGAAAUUUCAUUGCCUUUGUUUUCAUUGCCAUGUCAUUUGCUUCCUCAAAUCCAUAAACAGAAUUUGAUUUUAUGACUUUGUUCGGAUAUGAAAUGUUAAACUCAAAAACAUAAAACAUAAAACAUGAUUGUGUUUGAAAUAGUUAAGUGAAUAGCUAAAUGAAAACUGAAGUACUACCUUAAAAAUUAAAAUAUAAAAUUAAAUGGAAAUAAGAUACCAUUUGAGAAAUUUCAAAGAUUUAGUUAAUAUCAGAUAAAAAGAAAUAAUUUAUUAAUUUAGUUAUUAUGAAUUGAUAGUGUAACUGUUCUAAAUUUACUGUAGAAUUGUUAUAAAUUAAUAGCAUAAUUAUUAUAAAUCGAUGGUAUAUUGUUGUAAAUUAACAGCAGAGUUGUUUUAUAAAUGGUAUAUUUUCUUCCGAACAGCAGUGUACGAAGUUUCAUGUCUGUAUGAGUUUGCGUGCGAGUUCAAUACUUAUACAUUUGUAUGCUUAUAUGUACUUGUUGUGAUGCACAUACGAAGUGACUUAACCUUGCCAAGAUUAGUCGAAAGUUAACGAUUUUUCCAAUGUAAUACAAUCAGAUCUAAAUGUCAUAACAUAAUAAUUAAAUUGUUAAUAAGUAAGUGAAAACGCUAGUUUAUGGCAAAAA